UUUUGGGGAUACCCUUGCUCCAUCUGCAGCAGGUCUCCCACGACUCCUCUGGAAUAGAGACUUCAGACUCAUGCGUGGGAGAGCUCUUCCCUCCCAGUCUCAUAAACUGCUCAGUAAUCAGAUAAACUUUCUAAGCCAUCACAAUGAACAGGUCUUGAUACUGUCUGCUCUCAGCUUGAAAGUGCUUGCUCAGUUGUGGACAGAUAGCCCAUGACACCUGUUCGCCAAGUCUCUCAAGCACAGCUGUUAUUGGAGAUUAUCUCGAGGAGACAGCUGGUGGGAUGCAUAUCGCUCGAAUGGACGCCACACUCCCGAAGAGAUAUUGUACAAUGAUCCGGUCAGUUACAGAAACUGAUCUCAGAUGUCCAUGCACAUUAGAUCUGUCUGAGGUACAGUGCACAAUCUCGUAUCAGUUGUUUCUGUGUGUGAAGUAGGAGUUCAGAUGUCCAUUUUAUUUCUGCUGCAGCUGCAGAUUUGCAAGCUCGCUGCGUGUAAAACAUGCAGAACUUGUGCGUGUCGGUGUCGUACACACGUGACAAAUAUGUUCGUUUCUCUCACUUCCGGACUGACUGUUUCGAUAAUUGACAUAAAUGCAACUUUGCACUGUUACGAGUUUCUCGUUGCAAGGGAAAGCGCCUCUGUACAGUCACUACCUGCUGCUUCAACAUGGCGUUUGCUCCGCCCUACAGUUGUAUCCUGGAAUCUGAACCGGUUCCUCGAUCAUCAACCAAUUUCUUCUCGAGUCUCUGACCUCUCGGCAAGGGAGCGGAGUUCCCUGCCAAGCGCAAGGGAACGAUUGUUGUUGUGACGAGACUAUGAUCAUUAUUGUGAACAGCUGUAGGGAGGUGUGAGGUGAGAUUUCAGAUGAGCAUGCAGGGAACCAAAGGGUUCAGGCUGUGGUGGGAAUAUCAGACUGAGGAUCUGAGCUAUUGGAAUGCAUUAUUGUGAUGUCUUUCGAGUAUCGAGGCAUCAGGUUGGCUGACACUGGACUCGCGAGCUGGGCAGCUGGCUCUCAGACAUCAAUCCACAUCUGAAAUUUACGCCAGCAGCCGGUCCGAGGUCGAGGGUCGCAGGCCGAGCGAGCAAUUGCAAGGUUUCGAACAAAUGCACGAAGGUUCUGGUUGGUUGGCCAUGAUUCGUCCGCAGUGAUCGAUCGAUCCGAGGACGAUCAAGCAAUGGCAUCGAGGCGAGGCUCGAAGGCCAAGCCCUCGAGGUUGGGGCAAUCGGAAACCCAGAUCCAUGUCUUGUGGGAGAGGUUGAAAAGCAAGCCCAUGUCACAGUUGUCUCGGGUGAGGAAGAUGAGGUCUCCAUGGGCGGUGCAGUAGAAGCUCUCGGAAGGCCUGCAGAGAAAGUGGUCCGACAUGCGCUGAGGCAUUCUGCCUACCUCUUUCCACUUCAUGGUCUUCUGAUCCAGCAGCCAUAUGCACACGGACAGAACAUGGUGUCUGACGGACUUGCCCACGAUCACGAUGCACCCUUUGCAACCGACCAGGUUCCGGAACUGACAGUAGCCCGGCAGCCGGCCCGUCUUCACCUUCACCCACACCUCCUGCUGCAGAUUGUAAGCGAGCAGCGCACAAUUGUACCAGCGAGGAGUGAGACAAUACAGAUUGCCAUUGGAGAAGGCAAUGUUGCCCGAGACCUCCUCGCCUCGGGGAAGGCUGCCCACUCUUCGCCAGGAGCAAGUGGUGGAGUCAAAAACUUCGGUGGUCAGCAGCCCAGCCACGAUGACUUUGUAGCUGAAGGGACGCCGCUCGGCCACCAUGCUCACGAGGAUGGGCCUCUGCUUGCACGGCAUCGGGGGCAGCUCCCUCCAGCUCUUGGUCAAGGGAUUGCACACAAACAGAGAGCAGAAAUCAUCGACAUAGCCGUGGAAUUUGUUGAUCAGGCACAGCAAUCCCCCGGCCGAGGCCACCGGGAAGCCUGCAUGAGGGGGCAGGAAGCUGAUGGGGAUGUCGUGCCACUUGCAGAGCACCGGGUUGUAGCUGGACAGCAAUCUGCUGUACUCGCAGUUGGAGAUCUUCAUGAAAUACGGCCCCUGGGUCGGCACCUGCGAGCACACCUCGAGGAAGCUGGGCGAGUACAUGAUGGUGCUCCAUUUCUUACACACCGUCCGAAGCCUGAGAAAGCUGGCCACGGGCAACCAGGCCAGGAUUCGGUCCACCAGAUCUUCGGGCAAUUGACUCCACAGCCUCUCGUUCAUCACGAGAUCGCAGCGAUUGUGAUCGUCCGCGGCCGUGCAGGUGUCGCUGGCGUUGGCACCACCACCACCACCCGCAUCGAAUCGCUGCUGCUGCUGCUGCUGCUGCUGCCAUGUGUUGGAGGUGCAUGCUGGAUAGCUCGCAUCCUCCUGCCCCUCGACGAACACUCCUCCGCCUCUUUUGGAAUUAUUCUGCAGCACCGCGUAUGAACUCACAUCCAUGCUCGUGGAUCCUCCAGCAGCACCGCCGCCCUGGUCCUCAGCAGCAGCUCUGUGCGACUAGUUCACGUUCCAAUUUCAAAAGGUUUUAAACCAAUUCUGUUGCCCUCAUCUCUCUUAUACUUCCGUGAGUGAGUGGUCUGUCGGUCUGUCAGACGAAACCUAGAGUGCUCACAGAUUCAUGCACUGCCCUAUUCAUUGAUGCUUCUGGAAGCAGCAGCAGCAGAACAUUUCUCGACUCCCAAACUUCAACCACAAUGCCCAGGUACGCACUUUACACGAGGACGAAGAUGAAGGUUACGAUGAAUUUGCAUUUGGAGAUGAGCGAAUGAAUCAAAUUCGUGUAGAUUUCGUGACAGGCAGUGGUGAUUUCUGGUGGCUUAUGAAAACGAAUAGAAAUAGAGAAAGGAGGAACUGGAGAUUAGAAAUCGACACGGAAGACGAGGAGCAGAAGGAGAUGGAGAUGGAGAUGGAGGGAGAGAGGACCUACAAAUGGGGGCCAGAAAGCCGCGGCGACAAGUCCAUGGGGAGGACCGACGAUCGGCAGAUGAGGCAUUUAACACGACUGCCGGAGGAGCCACCUGACAAACGAAUUGGGUAAACAUGAAAAGGAAGGAGUCUUGAACCACGGGGCGUAGGAGAUCAAGGCACAGAUUGCCACCAAGCACAGCGCACACAGCGCACCGCACGCGAAUGACACCCACCACCUGGGUGUCAGACGGAAUCCUCGUAACAACCCCACCUCUCUCGCCCUCUUAUGGCUGCCUGUCCGUCCGUUUGUCUGCCUGCCUGCCUGCCUCCCUGCCUGCCUGCUUCCCUGCUUCCCUGCCCCACUCGCUCUCCCACUCUCUCUCUCUUCCACUGCUCUCCAAAUCUCACAUGGGAUUUCUCGCAAUCUGUCCGUCUCUGACGUGCUUCCUGAGACGCAUGGGCGUCUGUAGCGAGUGGCUUCGGAACUGGAUAUGCUGACCGCUGAAUCUGGAAUCAGCAAUCAAUAGCUCUUGAUGAUGAUUGCGAGCCCAAAAGAAGGCGAACGCGAAGCUUUCAGACCUCGUACGUCCUCUCUGCAACAGUCUUCCUUCUUCUUUCAUCAAUCUAUCAAUCGCGGAUUCGCGGAUUCGGGAAUCGAUCCUCUGAUUGCCAAUCCCGAUCCUUCAGAGCACGCCCUCGUGAGCAGGAAAUGCUUAAUUUACUCCCCUCACUGCCUCUCUCUCUCUCUCUAAUCCUCUCUCCUCUCUCUCUCUCCUCUCUCUGCUUCUGCCACUUUCUCGGUCGGUCGGUCAACGUUCCGUGCUGCGACCACCGCGCAGACGAUCGUCCUCUGGCUGAGCUUUGGAAAUCGUCAGCAGCAGCAGGGAUCGAAGAAAUUUCGAGGGCAGAUGGGACGAGGUUUCGUCGGUCAAGAUCGGGAAGAAAAGAGGCGGAAAUGGUGCGGGAGGAGGAAGAUGGUCGUCAGCAAUUCCAGGACGCAGAAUGCGUGAUGCACAGCUUGCACACGUGGAGCUGAAUCGAGGGCAAGGGCAUGGACGCAGCGAGCGAAAAGGUCGUGGAGAAAUUGGCCCUGGACUCAAUCCAGUCCGGCAGCAGGAGCCCUACGAGAGACCAGAUGGGCCACAGCAAGAACAGGCACACGUAUACAUUCAAGACGAACGAGAUUGAGAAAGGCAAGCAACAUUGCAUCAUCUCACAUGAAUCCUCGCCCUGCCAGCCUUCCAUCCGUGCAAGCGCAGCCCCAGCCCCCCUACAGCCCCAGCCCCUUCCAAGCCCUUCCCCUCUCCCUUACCCCCUUCCCCCCUUCCCCAACCCCACCCCCCACCCCCAACCCCAACCCCAACCCCCCCGGCCAGUCAGCCGAGCAAGCUUGCAGCCCCAAGAAAAACGGUGUCACUUCAUGGCCUCGGUACCACUUCACCUCUCCUGUCGUGUCCUUCUGCUCAGACAGACAGACACUCGCUCCCCCGACGAAACACAGGCAAUUUCGGUCCUAGCCCCCGUUCCUUCCCUUGCUUCCUUUCCUCCCUCGGGCGUCCUCGACGGGCGACCCUCCUUCGGGGCAGGUCCCCAAUCAUGUCCCCGGUACAAAGAUCCCCUCUGCGAACACGUCUUAGUCAGUUUUAGUGCCUCAUCAGCACGUUCCAAAGUCCGUUUAGCUUAGUCAGAUUAGUGUGCCCGUCAUUGACCACUAAUCUGAACAUGUCCUCGGGUCUUGAUCUGAUCCGAUCCGAUCUGAUCUCCCUUCGCCCUCCCUCCUCUCCCUCGGUGGAAUCUAAAGCUUCUGAGUCGUCUACUCCUGAUGACAAACUUCUCUGACGACAAAUCGUUGAGAGUCAGACGCGCUCUCAAGUACCCAUCUCCAGCUUACUUCACAUCACCCAGCGGAUCGAAGUGAGAUUUCUGGCCCCUAUCCUCGACGGUAAGUAAGACUUUGUUACCACCAGCGUUGCUGAAUUGGAGUUCUUCCUGGCACGAGAGAUGUGUGAUUCUUGUGGCCUUCAAACGAAACGAGGUGAUGUGACUAGAAACGAUAUUUGCAAACUAUACUCCACCGUCAGAUCACUCGAGAAUUGAAAGAAUCAGUCAAGCAGUCGUCAGACGUUUUGAACUCUGCCAAGUGCCCAAGUCUUCCAAAUUCACACCUUCAACCCUUCAACCCUGACCCCAGUAGGUGAAAACAAGCAGUGCAAGAAGUGCUUCCUCUCACUCACCUCCCAUAAUUCAAGAACACCAAAGACCCCAUUCAUCAGAGCUGACGAUGAGACAUAGAAAUCACUUCCACAUGCAAACCCUUUCACGUGACAAAGUUCGACUGUCCACAAACUAAAAUAAAGAAAAUCAGAGGUAGCACUGCAGAUUUCUAUCUUCGAUUGAAGGUGGAGUAUGCAGAGUUGCCACAUCUUCGGCUUU